CAGACUGGGUGUGGGAGCAGAGUGAGGAUGACGGCGGAGCGAGGCGGUGGCGGGGGCUCGGUGUCCAUGGUCUGGGACCCCCAACACGCCAACAAGCUGCUGAAGAGCCUCAGCUCCUUCCGGGAGGAGCCGCUGUUCUGCGACGCGGUGCUGGUGGUGGAGGGUCAGGAGAUCCCGGUGCAGAAGAACCUGCUGGCGGCGGCCAGCCCGUAUGUCAGGACUAAAUUGAAUUAUACGGCUCCGACAGAUGAUGGUUCAGCAUAUAAAAUUAUCCUAGAUGGGAUUUCUGUCGCUGUUAUGCGGGAAUUGUUGGAUUAUAUGUUUAGUGGCCAGAUUAAGCUGAGUGAAGACACUAUUCAGGAUAUUGUGCAGGCUGCAGAUCUUCUCCUCCUCACUGAUUUAAAAGCCCUGUGCUGUGAAUUUUUAGAAAGUUGCAUUGCUCCUGAGAACUGUAUCGGCAUACGUGACUUUGCUUUGCACUACUCUUUGCAACAUGUGUACUACAUAGCCACCGAGUAUCUGGAAACACAUUUCCGUGAUGUCUCCCAUACCGAGGAGUUCCUGGAGCUAGGCCAUGAAAAAGUGAAAGAAAUUAUCUCUUUGGAAAAGUUGAAUGUGGGAAAUGAAAGGUAUAUCUUUGAUGCAGUGGUGAAAUGGAUUUGUCAAGAUCCUGUGGUUCGAAAGGUUCACAUGAAAGAUGUGAUGUCUGUGGUUUGGGUAAAUGGCCUGGAUCCUAGUUAUCUGCGAGAGCAAAUGCUGAACGAACCUGUGGUACGAGAAAUUGUCAAGGAGUGUACCAACAUUCCCCUUAGCCAGAGAGAAGGCGAGGCUCAGCUGGCUACCUUCAAACCUAGAGGAUAUUCUGAAUGUAUAGUGACAGUGGGUGGAGAAGAAAGGAGUACACGGAAACCUACAGCUGUGAUGCGGUGCAUGUGCCCAUUAUAUGACCGUAAUAGACAACUUUGGAUAGAAUUGGCCCCAAUGAGUAUUCCACGCAUUAACCAUGGAAUAUUGUCAGCAGAGGGGUUCCUCUUUGUGCUGGGCGGCCAGGACUCAGACAAAGCGACUUUAAAUUCAGGAGAGAAAUAUGACUCCGAUACGAACUGCUGGAGUCCCAUUCCUCCAAUGAAUGAGGCAAGACACAAUUUUGGAAUUGUGGCAAUAGAUGGAGUUCUUUACAUUCUGGGUGGUGAAGAUGGUGAAAAGGAGCUACUGUCAAUGGAGGCCUAUGAUAUUCACACUAAGACAUGGACUAAACAACCUAAUAUGACUAUGGUUCGUAAGAUUGGCUGCUAUGCAGCAAUGAAGAAAAAGAUUUAUGCAAUGGGUGGUGGCUCAUAUGGAAAAUUGUUUGAAUCUGUUGAGUGCUAUGAUCCCAAGACCCAGCAGUGGACUGCAAUCUGCCCAUUGAAAGAAAAAAGGUUUGGUGCAGUAGCAUGUGGUGUUGGCCUGGAGCUGUAUGUUUUUGGUGGAGUUCGUAGCCGUGAAGGUCAAGCUACAGAAGCCAACGAGAUGGUCACCUGCAAAUCAGAAUUUUACCAUGAUCAAUUCAAAAGAUGAAUGGAGUUCAGUGAUGUUAUCCUUUGGAAGAAUAGUUUGCCAAGACUGGAUGACCGUGAAUAAGUCAGGAAUAUUUUGACUGAGGGACCAGAAGACAAAUUGCCAAUGAAAAUGCAGUUCAGCAAGAAGUUGUCUGCUUCAGGACAGUUGAAGGGAAAAUUUGCAUGGCGGUUGGCAGGGGAAAUAUUGCUUGCAUCAGCAAUGCUAAACUUAAGAAAUUUUAAACAGUGUUACACUGAUUAAAAUUUUUUACAACAGAAAUGACUGAUCUGAAACCCAAAGUUUGUGCAACUUGACCAUAGUUAGAUCUCAUAAAAUUUAUGCAGAAUCCUAGCAAAAUUUAAUCUCUGGUGCUGGUCACUAAACUGAGCAUUUUCCACUUUGUCAGCUCAAGCUCUUGGUGAAAUGCAACCUUUACAAAAUGACUUACCAGCUAUAUCUCACAUAGCACACAGUAUCCUAAUGUAACUUCUUCCAUCUGCACCACAUUUAAAUGUUUUCUUUUAUACUAUUAACACUACUAGAAUGUCCAAACUCUUCCUUUGUACUUUUGAAAGUUUGCAAAUUAUUAUUUUAAAAGACAAUAAUAUAUAACCUUUGGAGUUUUCUAUAUUUUCAGCUACUAUAAUAUUUGUAUGUAUCUUUGCAUAAAUAAUUAAUGAUCUGAAAGGGAAAAAGUAUCUGGUCUAUCUAGCCUGUCCUAUACAAAAAUCCACCUCAGUCAAAAGCCAUGCAAUCUCUUGGGAGAGGCAAAUAUAUAAUACCCACUUCCAUAAAUAUGUUAUUUAUAACAUUCCACCAAUAUCAUCAACACAACAGUAUCAACUUCCUCUGUGCUACUUUCAAAAUUCAAAUCAUAACAGAAUUGCACUUAAUUUUGAAAAAAGUGAAUGCCUUGUUGUACAAGAAUAUUGAAUAUUUUAUUUUAAUGGACCUUUUUCGAUUUGCAUAUUUCGCUACCUUUUUUGAACAGUUUUUCUUUCUUGUAUCAAUAUCUGAUCCCUAGCUUCUACCCUAUAUCAUCUCAGGUAAAACAAGCAACUUAUCUGUGGCCUCUGUCAGUGAUGUUUUUGAGUCAGCUGUUAAGAAUGCAAAAGUAAUACAUUGCUGAAAAUCAUCAGUGGAAAGUAUCAUCUGAGAUUAAGAAUUAGGACAUCAUGAGGAGUACCUUCUGUUGCUUGUGCAACCUUUUCCAACAUGAUCUUUUGCCUGAGCAAUGUUUUUUUUAUUUUCUUUCCCCAGGUACAUUUGUGAACUUGAGCACAAUUUUACCUUUGGUGUUUUAGCAACCUCGUACUAUACUUUCAGCAAUUGCACUUGAACCCAUUGUAUAAGAACAGAACUGGAGGUUGAGCUGUAGCCUUUUUUUCAUACUUUUGAUCUAUGCAUGUAUCUGCACCUCCUGUGUUUGAAUAAUUAACAAUUUUCUGCACAGGGAGAGGAAUGCCAAUCUCAUUGUGCGCAGAUGACCAGUGUUAAUUUUAAAAGGUGAUGUGUUUAGUCCUUUCCUUUUGCAAUUUGGAUGUGUUAGUAUUUAACAUUCUAAAUGUUAUAAUUACGUUGUUUUAUAACACACAUUGUGCUGCUGAAUUAUUUAAAACAAAACUAAAAUUCUACAUGGAACAAAACAGUGUUCAUUAUAAGUUGGUAACAUGUCUAACGGAUAUAGUACUCAAAAAUAUAAUUGUCGAACAAUAUUAUUUUAAAUGAUAGAGUUUUAUGAAGAGUGCUAAUAUUUUAGUAAAGCUGUGAGUACAGAACUUCAGCAAAUCCAUAAAUCUUUGAUAACAUGUUACAGUGAAGCUGUAAAAAUGGCAAAGUAGGCUAAUGAAUUUCACGUGACAUAAAUUAACAUAGCUUCUCUGAUAUUGCUAAAUUAUUAUACUUCAUUUGAAAGGAGUCAGAAGUAGUGGAGAUGGAAAAAGCAAGCUUGUGAAUACAAGAAAUCUGUAUCAAUGCAUAGUGGCUUUUUAAAAAGACACUACAAAUGCAUUAUAUUGCACGUCCCAAUACUUCAUUACUUUUGCUCAGUAUAGUCAUUAACAAUUUUACAUCAGUUAUUGUGUGUAUGGUAAUUCCAGUACAGUGGCAUGAAACCUGAUCUUACCUUGUGUUGUCAACCAUUUGUUUCAGUAUUAAGAAGCUUCAGAAAUAACUCUAUGCUAAGUUAAUAUGGCUUGACUUCCAAAAUAUUUUAGACAGUUGGAUGCUGGGGUAAUGGGUGAAUAAACUCCUAUUUGUUUAAAAAGAAGUAUCUGUUGCACUUACAUGCUUUAGCAGCAGUCAACCAAUUGACCUUAAAUGUUAGGCAUCCCUAAAGUGGAGAGUACAGUAUUAAAAUACCUGAAGGAGUAAAUGGAAGGAAAAGGGAAUCCAGAUGGCCUUAAAUUCCAUUAAGUGACAGAACAACCCUUGCUUCUGUGAAUCACUUCAGAUUUGCAUGUUACAGUGAUUUCCAUGCACUAAAAAUGUUUUAUACUAGAUAUAGCUUUACAUUUAAAGCUAAAAUAUAAAAUAAUCUGACAUGCUGUUGCUAUGUGAAAGGUGUCGUUUUCCUUGAGUGACUGGUAUUAUAGCAAUCAAGUCUGUUUAGUUGAUCUAUGAUGCUAUCCUCACUUGAGGUGAAACGUAUGAUGUAAUCAAUUUAAGGUUACCAAAAGUUAAUCCAGAGUGGAUUUUUAGGAAGUAACUCUGCUCAAUAUUAAGAGUUAAUCAGCAUAACAAACAAAACCCAGUGUCUAAUCCACUGUUUUUAAGUGAAGCUGCUUGUAAUAUAAUUAGCCAUCUUCUUGUCUUGCACUCAGUCAUGAAAUUCCCAAAAUUUUGGCAGUCAACCAACAUUCCUGCAGAAGUGUGAGGAGUUGGUUCCGGUUCAAAUGGCGCAAAGAAUUUAUGGAAGAACUAUUGAAGGAGGUGGAAAAUAAAUAACUAAAUCACUAUACACAGGACUAGGUAGAAGUUCAUUUGUAGCCAGACCAGAUAGCCAAUAAAUUUGGUAGCCUGUCAAAAUAUCUAUCCAUUCAACAUUGGCAUUCUUUGUGUUGUGUAAUAUAUUUCCAGUAAUUCCUGCAAAGUGAUAGUGACAAAUUUCUGCAUGAUUUGGUCAUGCAAAGAUUUAGGUUUUAUCAAUGAUUAAACUUGACAAAGUGAAAAUAUGACCUGUUCCAGCACUUGCUGUCGGGUAGCCACAUUUAAUUGUCCACUAAUAUUUUGAUACAAUUGCUCUAAUUAUACUGGAUGGCUGAAGUAAAGUUACCAUUAAUGUUCUUUCACAUCAAACAGGGUAACAAGGAUUAUUUUACAUUUUAGCCUUUUGUUGAUGACUUAAUUUCACUUCAGGUAUCAUUCCUAAUUAUUCUGACAAUCAGGAGCAUUACGAAUGUAGCAUAUCAUUUACAAAAAAUUGGUCCAUACAUUUACGUUUUAUAACUUCUAUUGCAUUACGGUCAAUCGAUCACUAGUGUUUACUUAUACACUCCAGUUUUGCAGUUGAGGUGUCCAAAUAAGGUCUUGAUAUCUAAAACUUGACUGUGCAUGUUUCCUCUCUUUUCUUUUAAUCACCAGUGUAAUUGUAAUAUAAGAUAAAAGAUGAGGUUCAAUAUUACUGUUUUGUGGUAUUGUAUAGACUUUACAGCUUUCAGUUUAUCAGAAAAUAUUGAGACAAUAUUCAAGUGAAUCUUUAAGAUGAUGACAUCUGUACUGAUAUAUUUUAGUGCAUCCUCUUGAGUUUCAACUAAAAUUGUCAACUGUAAUACAAUGUUUAGUCACUGUGCCCCUAAUUAACCUCCUUCCCUCUUCCAGCAUGUUUCAAUGCAAAACCAGAUACCAGGGACAUAUGCAGUAAUCUUGAUUGACCUGCUGGAUUUUCAUCCCUAUCUGAUUGGUCAUUGGCAUCUAUAAUGCAAAAAUAGAGAUUCGAACAAUAAUUAGUCACUACAUCCUUAAAUAGUCUUCAGUCUUCAAUGCUUGAAGCAAAACCAAAUACUCUGCUUUGUUGUAAUGUGCUAAUAUUGAAACAUCUGAAGUAAGGCCUAGUUUGAACUUCUGGAUCCCAUUGGCCUUGUCCUUGUAUUGAUUGGCAUGAAAUACAACAUGUACGGAGAGCAGAGAUCACAAAUAAAAAUCAAUGUUCUCACUUAAAAAUACCUCCAUAUCAUCAUCACUCCCAACCUCUAACCUCCUUUUAACCUUUGAUUCAGGCUCAUGUCCUUUGCCCCUCAGACUGAGCUGCUGUGCAUAUUUUCUUCCUUUCUCUCUGCCCUGUUCACCAGUGGCAUAUUGUCAGCUGUCUCAGCCCUACUCUUUGGAACUAACUUUCAUUGCUGUUUCACCCUCUGCCUUUAAAAUCCUCAUCAAAACCUAGGUUUUCAAAAAUGUCUUCAGUCAGCUUCCAUAAUUCUCCUGCUCCUGCUUAUAUUUGUUUCACCUCUGAAAUUUCUUGAUUUAUUCUUGACAAUUGCUAUAUAAAAGUAAGUGUGGGAACUCCAAUUGGCACCUGCAAUUCAGUCCAAUAUAUCAAUUGAUCUUAAUCAUAUUGCUAUGAAGUACCAUGAAGAGAGAAUAAGUUUUACCCACAGGGAAAGAGAGAAUUAUCAUCUCUGAGCCGUUCUGGCAUUUUUUUUUAGCAACUGAUCUCUGUGUGGCAUUAGUGGAGGCCAGGGAGCAGGUCAUUUCUCACUCAGGGAUGGUGUGUGUAACUAAGAAACUCAAAGUAAAAUAACUUUGAAAGAGAGUUUGACCAUUCUUUUCAAUACCCACCAACAAAAAAAAAAGAAAAUGGUGACCGACUCCUUUUAAUAAAGUUUCAAUUUUGAUAUGCUUUGUUGAAAUUGGGGGCAAGAAUUAAACCAUUGUAUUUCAGAAAAGAUUAAAUUUAUAAUGUUACCAUAUUGCCUUACUUGAAUGUAACAUUUUUUAAAUUUUUUUGAUUGGUGUUAAAUGCUUUAUAUUCUACAAGUUGCAGCAUUUCUCAUUAUCCAGCAAUUUAAGGAACAUAGCUGGCUAAAAUUUGGUUGAACGUUCUAGUCAAACUUUAACCCUAAUAUGCAACCAAUACCAGUGCUAUAUAUAGAUCUCAAAUCGUGUAAAUUAUUUAUAUGACUGAUGUGCUUCUGCUCUUCGAUUACAAUUUUAAAAAUUUGUUGUGUCUAGAAACAUCUAGCUUCACUUUAAAUUUGGUUUCAAUACUGAUUGUACAAAUAUUUGAGUUAGGAGAGAAGUUUGUUUGAUUUCCAGUUCUACCCCUUUGGGCCAGAAGCUCAGUUUAAAUCUAAAUAAUACAGAUUUAUACUUUUAACUCUAUAUAUAGCAAGUGUAAUGGUUGCUCAUAAUGAUCUCAAGUAAUCUGUAAGCUUUAAUUUUUCAUUAUCAUCUUCAUCAUUGUCAUCAAAUGCAGCAUCUUGUUUUGUUUCCUGUGAUUCAUCUGUCACCAUGGAUUCACCGGUCUCAGAUGCUGCUUUCUCCAAAAUGGUUGCCAUAGCAUCCACCGCUUCUUUACAAAGCCUUUUUCCAUUUGAUGCUUUCACCGUGUUCUCCAUUACAUUCAGUGACAACUGCCCUUGAACAGGCCAUAUUCACAUUGGUUUUCUUAUUAAAACAUGUUCUCCACUGUUGCAUUAAAUCUGAUGGAAGCAGACCUUGCUUUAAGUGGAGCAAAGUUUCAAAAUGCCUAAGUCAGAGUUGGUGUUAUUUUUCAUACUGGCCAUAUUGUUGCAAUUUAUCAAGUGAAACACGACCAAGACAUUUUUUUUCAGGUGACCAUGUAAAUGCUAUCUUCAAGGUAUUGAAAGUUGUCUUUUUCUGAAGAUUAUAAAUAUAAAACUGUUUUGAACUGUGGAAGAACUGAUGAAAUUACUGAAAUUGGCAUUUGGUUUGUACCAAUUGAACUUUUAUUGUGAUUAAAUUAAAUGUAAUCUAAUUUAUCUUGUCAUGUUAACAAAAAUGGUUGGAUCUGCUUGCCUUUAUGUAUUAGGGUGUAAUAAAACUUGAAAUAAAAGUUAUUUUAUCAGAAAUAGGGACUUAUGAUUAGUUAAAACCUAUUAUGUAACUUUGACAAAUACAACACUAAUAAAACUGGUGGAAGUAAA